GGGUUUCUUGUUUCAUUGGUAAUCUUUGUUUUCAAAGAAGAAACAUUUUUGCAGCUUUAUGAAUAUGUCAUCCUCCUGCUGCUGCUGCUUCUUCUCAGAUGCGCCUCAUCUCCUAAAUCUGUCAGCAGGGGUUAAUGAAGCUUAAUGAUUUUUCAUCAAGGGGCAGAACAAGCUCCGUUGACAUAUGCAAGUUGAUAUCAACUAUUCUCAUACAGGGGUUCUAUCCGAGAAACGUAAUCAGAUAUUUUCAGAAGUGAAUGAUUUCAUAAUGUGCUGGGGUGUUGGAGCAUAGAUGGACAGGGCGGAUACCUCAGGCUUUGUUAGCGGUGGAGAAACAUGUGUUUGGAUAUAGUCUACUUAUUCAAUUCGUUAUGUGCUGAAGAUUGAUUUGUUAUUUUAAAUUACUAAAAGCGCAAGCCUCAGAAAAUGGAUCUGAACAGGGAGAGCAUAUUAUAUUCCCACGUUGGGGAGAUCACAAAAAAUGGCAACUAUGGUGACACUGUUCUAUGUCUGAAUAGCCCUGGUUUAAUUGGAAGCAAUACAGCCAGAUAUACAUGUUCUCAGAGCAACUUCAGGGUUGACUCUUCUAAUGCUCCUGAUGACAGCUGCAGAUUAGUACUUGGUUUGGGCCCAACACCAAGUGAAUACUGUGAGGAUUAUUACAAUUUUCAGGCUGCAAAGAAUAAAGGAUUGGCUACUGCAUUAUCUCAGGGAUUUCUAUCCGAUGGGGAUUCAAUCCUCCAACUUGGUCUCUCAGGAGGGACUGUAGAGGCUUCAGCAGUGCUUGAUUCUGCAAUUUCAGGAGAGACUGAUGUUAACACAUCAUUUCUACGGAACCUUGAUAAUCAUUUAUCAAUCCCAGUUGUUGAUGAAGGAUCUACUUCAGCCAAGAAAUCAGGCGGUUAUAUGCCAUCACUUCUUUUUGCUCCAAGAAGGGACAGUAUCAAGGAUUCUUUGCAAACCCGAGAACUGUUGGAGCUUGGGGCCAAUUCCCAGUUGAUGCAUGAGCCUUCUUCUACAGAAGAGUACUCGGCGGGAACGAUCUCUGAGCAGACAACUACUGGAACAUUUUCAGACCACCGAAGUAGCAAUCCAAAGAAAUGCAACUUCUUAGGCUGUAGAAAGGGAGCACGAGGGGCAUCUGGUCUUUGUAUUGGACACGGGGGCGGACAGAGAUGUCAGAAACCUGGGUGCAACAAGGGUGCUGAGAGCCGAACGGCAUACUGUAAGGCACAUGGUGGAGGAAAGAGGUGCGAGCACUUGGGAUGCACGAAAAGUGCUGAAGGGAAAACAGAUAACUGCAUAGCUCAUGGUGGUGGUAGGCGAUGUGGCUAUUCUGGUGGAUGUACCAAGGCUGCACGAGGAAAGUCGGGGCUUUGCAUUAGACAUGGUGGGGGGAAAAGAUGUAAGGUGGAAGGCUGCACUCGCAGUGCUGAAGGACAGGUUGGUUUAUGUAUCUCUCACGGGGGUGGACGCCGUUGCCAGUACGAGGGCUGUGCAAAGGGAGCCCAAGGGAGCACUAUGUAUUGCAAGGCACAUGGUGGUGGAAAGCGUUGCAUAUUUCAAGGUUGUACCAAGGGUGCUGAAGGAAGCACACCGUUGUGCAAGGGACAUGGUGGAGGAAAGCGUUGCCUUUUUGAUGGUGGUGGGAUUUGCCCUAAGAGUGUACAUGGUGGCACUAAUUACUGUGUUGCUCAUGGUGGUGGAAAGAGGUGCUCUGUGUCAGGUUGCACAAAGAGUGCCCGUGGCCGUACGGAUUGUUGCGUCAGGCAUGGUGGAGGGAAGCGGUGCAAGUCUGAGAACUGCGGAAAAAGUGCUCAAGGGAGCACGGACUUCUGCAAGGCUCAUGGCGGGGGGAAAAGAUGCAGUUGGGGAGAGGGAAAAUGUGAGAAAUUUGCCAGAGGCAAGAGUGGUUUAUGUGCUGCUCAUAGCAGCCUGGUCCUGGAGAGGGAAACGAGUAAGGGAGGUCUCAUUGGACCCAGACUUUUCCACGGGCUUGUAUCUGCAGCUUCAACUGCAGGAACCAGUUUUGAUUACACUCAUUCUUCUUCAGGAAUCAGUGCUAUCUCUGACAACAUUGAUUCGCUGGAAAAUCCAGGAAAGAGGCAUCUCAUACCUGCACAGGUGUUGGUUCCUCUAUCAAUGAAAUCCUCAUCGUCCUACUCAAACUUAUUGAGUUCUGAGAAGUCUGAGGAAGAGAGAAAGGGGUGUGGAACUGGUGUUGGGAGCAGCAAUGGGAGAAAGGGCUUUGACUUCAAAAUUCCAGAGGGCAGGGUCCAUGGAGGACCUCUCAUGUCACUAUUUGGUGGUAAUUUGAAAAAUGCUAUUGAUGGCAUCUGAUAAAUACUAGUUGAUGUUUUAGUAUGUAGAUUUUAUAGUAUUGGGACACUUCUGUAGUGCAAUUGUGUAUAAUUGCUUGUUCAGUGACUUGUAUAUCUUUUUGUACCUUAACUUCAAUUCAAGGGUGAUUUGAAUUUCAGUUAGGUUUUGCAUUU